AUGGCCCCAAUGAUCUCAGAUGUUGACCCUGCUGUCGUGGUCAUGGCCCUCACUUGCAAAGCCUCAAAUCCUCUUCUGCAACCAAUUAGAAUAACUUCCCCUUCCUCCUGCCCUCCCUCUCCUCCCCCUCCUGCACUUUUGUUCUUUCAGGCUUGGACUUUCAUUUCUUCAGACAGGACUUGUGCAAAGGGUCACCACUUGCAUUCAGAGUGUGCUCUAUUCUCAUCUGAAUUCCUGGCGCUUUCUCCCUUCUGGGUUGCCGCCACCCAGGGCCCUGGCCUCUUGGCGAGAUCACUCAGCCUCAUCACAGAUCGGUCACACUUCCAGACCAUCUCUUUCAUUGGUUGCAGCUCUACUUAUGACAAUCUCAAUACUAAUUGA